AUGUCAGAUACACCGUACAAGGGGCUAUUGAAGGGCCAUUUCGCGGGUGCGGUGAAUGAAGGGGAAGCAGGCCGCGCCCGGAAACGAAGGAAGCGGGAGACUGAGAGAGAGAAUGAGGAGCUGACACCAUCGUCUGGUACGGUGGAGAGUCCCCAGACUAAUCAGAUUGUUACUGUAGAUUCUCUUACUGACAACACCUCUUCUUCCAGUUCUGAAGAUUCAGACGAUUCAGACGAUUUUGAAGAUGUAGAAGUGGAUUACACCUCCCAUUAUAACUUGGACCAAGUUCCCGAGGAGCCCCAAGAACUCCAAAUCACCAUCAAAAGCGCCACUGUUGUGCCUCCUCGGAAACCUAAACAGACACACAUCUCCAAGGAGGAACGACAGUAUCGAAUACUUUACCAUCAAAUGUGUCUAGUGGCAAUGAUGUGUCACGGAGCAGUGCGUAAUCAAUGGUGCAAUGACCAGUCGACCCAACAAUAUCUACACAAAUUUAUAUCUCGUGAGACGAAGGAGUUGUUGGGUGGCAAAAGUCUCGCCUCCCCGCCGAACGAUAGGGGUCGGGAAAUCCUCCCAACGGUGAGGACCAGAAGAUUUCUUGAUGGACUUCGGAAAUUGAUGGAUCUUUAUGCUGGUAGAUGGAGAGUGACCCAUAAAGGGUUGGUGAGGAAGAAUUGGGGUGAAUUAUCAAUGAAACGACUCAAGAGUGAAGGAGACAUGACACUAGCAAAGUUCAGAGCUCAGGUCAUGGGGUUCAGAGGUAGUAGAGAUGUAGGGGCCCAAGGAUUUGUAGCUAUGCUCCGGUCCAUUGGGUUGGAUAGUCGAUUAGUUUUCUCGGUGCAAGCCCCUGAUUUCACCAGUGUUGCUGUGAGUAAAGUACCAGAAAAUCCAAGAGUGAUAGAUGAAAAGAUAAAUAGUGGACCCAGAUCUGGCUUGGCUACUGGGAGAGGUAGAACUGAUUUCCUCAAGAGUAUACGUAAUUCCCCAGUAAAUGCCGCUAAACGGUCGGUGGUGGACCCAUUUGAAGACUCACCAUUCCCAAUCUUCUGGAUCGAAGUAUGGAAUAAAAACAACCUGAAAUGGGUGAGUAUAGAUCCCAUGGCGUUCAAGAUCAUUGAAGUGCCUCCCAUGAGGAAGAAGUCUUCAUUGGAGCCUCCAACGACGGAUGUCCGCAAUCAACUCACCUAUGUCAUCAGUUAUGAUAGACGAGGAGGGGUACGCGACGUGACUCGUAGAUAUUCCCAUUCGUACAAUGCAAAGACCUCCAAGAAGAGGAUAUCCUAUCGUCUUGAUCAGGUUUGGUAUGAACGAGUAUUAAGAGAGAUGAAUAGAGGAGCUAAAGGAAGAGGGGGAGGACGGCCCACGGUUUCUAUUUCUCGAAUGGAUGCACUUCAAAUGAAAGAAUUCCAUGAUCGAGACUUGUGUGAAGGGAUCCCCAACAAUGUGGCAGACUUCAAAAACCAUCCAUUGUAUGCCUUGGAGUCACAACUUCGACAGAAUGAAGUCAUUUAUCCGAAGGAUAAGAGCAGUGAGUGUGGACUUUUCCGGAAUAGAACCAGCAAUAACAAAAAGAGUAGUAAGGAGCUGGUCAUGACCAUUUAUAAACGAUCCAGUGUACAUUCACUAAGGUCCGCCAAGGCCUGGUAUAUGCGAGGAAGAGUACUUAAAAUCGGGGCACAUCCCUUGAAGGAGAAACAAAAUAAUAACAAUAAUAGGCGAGGAGGUAGCAAGACUCUUGAUAGUGAUAGUGAUGAGGAAGAUACUUCAACUAGACUCUAUGCCGAUUUCCAAACCAAAAUGUACGUUCCACCAGCAGUUGUUGAUGGGAAAGUACCGAAGAAUUCAUUUGGUAACAUUGAUAUUUAUACAGAGAGUAUGGUCCCAGAGAACGGGUUUGUUUUGAGGACGGAACCUCCUUAUACGAUGAAAAUGGCUGAACGGGCUGCCAAACAUAUUCUAGCGAUAGACUAUGCUCGAGCGGUGGUUGCCUUUGAGUUUGGGAAGAAACGAGUCCCAACUGCGAAGGAGGGGGGGAUUUUGAUCGAUGUACAAUAUCGAGAAGCUAUGGAGGCUGUGAUGGAUAGCUUAGUGGAAGAGGAAGAAGAGGAAAGGAGAGAUUUUGUGGAAAGGAAUGCUUUGAAGAAUUGGAAGUAUUUCUUGACCAAGUUGAGAAUUUCCAAGAGAUUGGAUGAAGAGCAUGGUGAGGUUGAGAGGGAGUCAGGCUCGCGGCCGCUCGAUGAAGAGGAAAUAGAGGAUGAAGAGGAUGAGUAUAGUGUUGGUAGUGAGAGUGAAGGGUCUGAUGUGGAGUUUAGAGGAGGUAGAGAUGGUAUUAGGAGGUCAAGAAGAGUUAGAAAGAAGAUAGGAGAGGAGAUAGGAGAGGAGAUAGGAGAGGAGAUAGGUGGUGGGUUCAUUGUAGGAGAGGAGGUGGAAGGAGGGUUCUUACCAGAAGAAUCUAAAAAUGAAGAGGAUACGGGAGGAGGGUUCUUUGGAGGGAAUGAUGGAGGAUUCCUCCCGGAGACAGUUGAAGAGGAUAUCAAUGGUCAAUCAGUUGAAGAAGAUACGGGAGGAGGGUUCUUUGGAGAGAAUGAAGGAGGGUUCCUCCAGGAGACAGUUGAAGAAGUCCAAUCAGGUAAAGAAGAUUCUAAUGGAGGAUUCUUUGUAGAAUCUGCAGAUCAGAAAGAUUCUAAAAUUCUUCCAAACCCAAUUGAAAAUACCCCUGAAGGUUUCUUUCCAGAAACAACCAAUGAAGAAUUUCAAGGCGGAUUCCUUCCACAAGAAGUCCCACAUGAUAGAUCUCCAAUUGAAAUAAAUUCACAUGAAAUCACUCCUCAAUCAUCUCCAGCAUUAUCACACGAUUCCUUCUUAGAUUCCGUGCCAAUUGCCCAUUUUGUUGAAGAUUCCAAUGGGGAAUUGGUCUACGCCCCAUCUUCGCCUCUUCCCUUCAAUAGGGAACCUUAUGCGGAGCCACAAUCUGGGACCACUAAGGUUAUACAAUCCCACCCUCAUGAGCCUACGGAGGCAAUCCCAAACAAGACAAUUGAUGCGCAAUACGCUAAAGCUACUACAGAACCCUGUGGAACAAACAUCCACCAAAUUAAAGCACUGACCUUCCAGAUGGAGAGCCCUAGAAAAUAUGAAAAAGAAACGUUGCAGCCACAUUAUGACAUUCCCAAUGCAGGCAACAAACCCACGCAGAAUGAUCGCUACAUGGCGACUAAUGCAGGAUUAAAGACGCAAAAUUCGCAGCCCAUUGAACCUACCGCACAAACCCGGGUCUAUGAGCAUGUGUCCGUAUCGGACUCCAGUUCUGCAGAGGAGCUUGUAGGUUCGGCAGACGACGAGUUCGGCUUCGAGUAUGACAGCGAGUAG